AUGCCCUUCUACGAGGUCCAUCAUUCAUACCCUCUGAGCGAUGACGAGCGUCAGUCCAUCGCUCGCUCCAUCACCGACCUCCACUGCACCGCAUUUACAACCCCGUCGUUUUUCGUGCACGUACAAACCGACAACUCAAAACGCAUCAUUGGAGUCGUCCGCACAUCUCCUUCCCCUACCAAGUCGGACUUUGAUACCCUUGCUGCCAACAUUGAAGAUGCCUGGUACAAAGCGCUCAAUCCUGACAGGCCUGAAGGGAAGAACCACUCUACCGAGACACAAAGAUUGCCGAUGGUUGCGUUUCUGCCAAUGGUGACGAUUCGCGAAGGAGGCAUGGCAAUCCCAGAAGCUGGUCAGGAGGGUGGAUGGCUGAAACAACAGCUCCCUUACAUGAGAAUUAUGAGUGAACAGGGGCUAGAAGACUUUACAGGCCUGCUUCAAGGGUUGCAGGAUAGAAAGGACUUGAGGUAA